AUGAGGCUCACCCAGGCCCUUACGUUUUACAUUCGCUACAGAAAAGUCCAGGGAUUAAUUCGAUAUGGAAAAGAUCGAGUGAUUCCUCCAAUCAGUGUGGACUUCAAGCGGAGGGUGGCCGAACUGAUGGUUAUAGAAAAACAAAAUUUGGAUGUUUUAAAUCAGCCUUAUCUGACUCAGGCUGAGGAGAAUGCUUACUACCGAGUUGUGGACAGAGUGCCCUACAAGAACAAGGAACAACUGAAGAGAGAGGAGGUACGAGAGAAACUGGAAGCCCUGCCCCCACACUUCACAACAGAGACCUUGCUGGCACAUUUAAACAAAGACAAGAAGUGGGAAUAG